AGGCGCUGCCCACAGGCUGCGGGGGGCCGGGCCGGGGCGCGGGACCGUGGGCGGGGGUCGCCGCGACCACCAGUCCUGGUCCCAGCUCCCUGGUUGUCGGAGGCCGCAGGGCCCCGGUGCAAGCAGAGGGGGCUGGCAUGUGCCGCCGCCGCCCCUCAGCGUGCCGCCUGCGCGGCGUUGACCCUUCCGGGCCGCGGGGAGGCGUUGGAGCGGGGGUCCGUGUUCAGCCGCUGGUAGAGUGAAGCCGGUCCGGUCGUGUCUGCGUUCGUCUCGUUUGUGGCCGGCCUGCAGAAGGCGUCCCGUGCUGGGCGCGGCUGGCUCCUCAGCGCGGCGGGAGGGACGGGUGUGGGACCCUGAGGGGCUGCCGGCAGCCACUUCCCUGGAGAUAUUUGAGCUGGGUGGGCUUCAGGGAUGGCUAGGAAUUUGCCAAAAAGGGAAAGGUGAGAGCACAGAGAUGGGAACAGGUACUGCGUGUUUGGGGCGUUGCUGGUUUCUCUGCUGGGGAGAUGUUUGUGGAAGGGGCUGACACUGAGACCUGGUGUGGGAGGCUCGUGCUAGGCCCAGGAGCGAAGGCCUUACCACGGGGCUGUGGGGGCCCUGGGAAAUUUGUAGCAAAGGAGUGACCCGAUCAUAUUGGGCAACAUGACUCUGGUGUUCUUUCCGUGGGUCCAUGCGUGAUUGUUGUAAGAGGAGGCUCCCUUGCCCUUACGCCGUUUGUCUCUGAACCUUGUCUUCACGCCAGACUGAAUUAGUGAACUGUGGACAUGGGAUAGCCCUGAGCUUUGCCCUUCCAGGUGGCAUUUUUAAGAUGGUAUUUUACUUCCUAAAAUGGAUGUAGGUUUCAAGUAUGUGUUUUCCCUUUUGGUUUUGUUGAUUUGAAUGUACUGCUCAUGAAUGCAAUGUGAAUGUCUGUUACUUUAAAAUGUAAUUUUGAAAACAACCCCCAAACCACAGGCGUGGUGUUGAGAUGAGUGUCCUGCAUCGCAGGACGGGCUCAGUCUGCUAUGCCCAUACCUUCCCGAGCAGCAGGCAAGAGGAAGCGUGGGGUCUGUUCUAAAUACAUGGUCUGGAGGGGUGGGUGGGUCAGGUGUGCUAUUGAAUAGGUCAGGUGAUGUCUUAUUCAUUUUGAAACCAGCCACCUUUAUUUGAAUGCAAGUAUCGUUCUUAUCAAGUAAUUUUUGUUGUGAGGCUCCUCAGUGAGCACCAUUCCUGGACUCUACUUGGUGGGUGCCAGGACAUCUGCUCUCACGUAAGCGCUGUGAGACGGGUCUUGUUAUCCUGUCUCACAGAUCAGGGAGUGAAGGCCUAGACAGAUGAAGAAAAGAGCAGCCAUUCAAGUCUAGGUCUUGUUGACUCUAAUCUCUGCUCUUAGCCAGAGUCUGGGUUAAAACAGAAAAGAUGUGAUCCUCCUGGUGUCGGUAGUGUGUCUCUGUGAGAUGUCUGCCUGGGUCUCUGACUGAGGUCUUGUCUCCUAGAGGAACUGGAGAGCAGCUGUGUUUAGUGGUUCCUAAACCUUAAAGAACAUCCAGGAAGAGGCUGUCAAGGCUCAUCAGAAUGCAUGUUCUUAGCGUUUGACUGGGGUUCACUGCCACAUGGUGACCUGCUUAUCUCAGGCAGGCCAAGCUGCUGAGGAGCAGGUGUGUGAAGUUGGUUGUGAAGAUGGAAAACCCCUGACUGAACUGUAUUUAUUUCAUGUUCACUGUCACCCUGAGCCGUGCUGCUGUUGGCAACGGGGAGCCCCACUAUCCAAGGGGUCCCCGUGGUUGAAAGGUAGGGGCUCUCUCUGAGGGAGCUGUGGACUUCUCUGGACCUGGAAGAGUUCAGGAAAAUGAUCACAGCCCUCUGCUUUGAGUAGAUUUUGUCUUGCUUAUUCAAGGCAGGGCUCUGAUCCAGAUGGCCUUAAAGAUUUGAGUUCUGUACCAAAAGAAUUUAUGCUCAAGGGGUUCAGGGUCUCAUACCUGAGGAACUUAAAAGCUGGUUUGUUGAGGGUGGCCCCACUUCCCAUGUUUGUUGGGAGAAUGAAUUAGCUCUUUGGAGCAGGCUUUGGCAAUAUCUAUCAAAACUGAAGGUACCCCAGCAGUGCCACUUCUUGGCACCUGUCCUACAGACAACCCCGUGAGCCUCAGAUGCAGGGACUUCUCUCCUUCCUCCUCCCCGAUGCUCCCUCCCUGGGCAUUUGCUUGGCUGGCUCCUUUUCUCCCUGCAGGUCUCAGCUUGACUGUCCCUCCACAGGGGACUUCCUCCCCACAGGCACCCCUCCAUCCCUCCCGCCCUGGGCAUCUCUUCACAGAAUGUGGGCUUUGUGGGAACCAGGAUUGUCUGUCCCAUGUGGAGCCUGUCACAUCUUGCUGGAAACCCCAGGCAAGGGAAGGAGGAGAGGUGGGGGUCCACCCUGUUUUCCAUCACAAGUCCUCUAGCUCCAGCUGUUUGCUGGCUGCAGGACCUCCACCUGCAGGACAGUCUUGUACACUCCCACCCAGGGAGAGGCAGCAGGGCCUGUUCUCUGAGAUCUUGGAGGUGCGUGGGGUCCCUCGUUGGGGGGAUCCAGCAGGAGAUCCACGGGCUGCCUAAGUGCCCCUUGGCACCCCAGGAAACACCAUCAUUUCCCAAGCACCCCUGGAGCCAGCCAGAAUCUGGCCUUGGGGCCAUAACCCAGAAACAGUGUGCAAUGGGUUUUCUGUUUGCAGAUUCUCUUUGUUUUCAUGUCCCACCCCACCCCUGCCCCAUGCCUGUAAAUAGAGAAUUUGUUGGAAGUGAGAGAAGGGAACACGUUCAAGCCACCCUGCUCUGCUUCUCACUAGCUCACAGUCCUUCUGAAGCUGGUGCAUCUCACGUGGUUAUCACGUUUCUUGUUUCCUUUGGUCAAGCCCAGCUGUUUUCUUGCCAUUUGUUAGGUUUCCUUAUACCGUAGUAGCAGAAAUCCAGGGCUGUGGGCAGACCAGCUGUGGGCCUGCCUCUGAGCCAUUCAUAGAGGGCAGAAUGUAGACACUUUGGCCUCUAACAUCCAGAAACAAUGUGGCCUCCAGGGGCCCAGCAUGUCUGAGAACUGACCAUGCAGUAGAGCCUGUGGAGCAUUAAAGAAUAUUCACAGUGAGCCUCCAAGCAGCCCAGUAAGCUGAGCUGAGCUUCUGCACAGCAGCCCCAGGUGUCUCUGGCCACUCUGAGGUGUUGAUUUCCCUCUGCUGCCUGGGGUGGGAGACUUCAGCGAGAGCCCCCAGCUAGAAGAGAAACCAGCUGACCAAGACAAGCACACGGACACCAAUACCAACAGCGAGGAUCUCAAGCACAAAGCAUAAUUUGGUUCUGGCAAUUUUUAUUGUUGUGGAGUUUGUUUGUUUUGUUAGAUAAUUAUAAAGUGUUGUGUAUAAUCCGUUUUUUAAACUAAGAGCAGAGAACAAAAGUUUUUAGUGCAUACAAUAAACAAUAACACUAUUGUUUUCCCCUAGCAACUUAAUGACAGAGAAAAGGGAGGAUUUGUUAGAGAAAGACAGAUCCCACAGAGACGGAGUGCAGUUGGUGCUCGGGGACGGUGUUUAGGACACAGAAGGCUUGAGGAGGCAGGGCCACCUGCCCGGGUCACUUCUGCCCUUUGUCCUUUUGUUGGACCUGCCAGAAAAGGGUUGAGUUUCACAGUUUUUAUGUUGUGAUGUUGUCCCCCCACUGCUGAGUGGAAUGCUGAGUGUUGUGCACACGUGGAAGUGUUGGAUGCCGGUCUGGUCUCGGCACUAAUGCCUGUUGGCAGGUGUCCACAUCGGCCUCUGGCAUUUGGUGGCACCUGCCUGUGGGAGCUGGCAGUGACACAUUCACAUCAAGUCAUUACAUUGUGCUCUGUUUACCUGCUAAAGCAGCUGUGGGCUGUAGCCUCCCUAACUGUGGUGGGAAAAGGUGACGGGAUGGGAAGGUUCCCCAUGGCUCCUGUCUCUGACUUUGGAGCUGGGUGACUUUGAACAGGCCUCCUCAGUUCUCCUGUGUGUAAGAUAGGGUGAAAGUGGUUUCCCUGUUUACUGAGCAGGGUGGCUGAAGGUGAAAUUAGAAGAUAAAGGCAUAAUCAUAACAGGUUGAAUGUUAUCACUGUGAAGAUAACACUCACUGCAAGUCCUUUAGUGCCAGCUCCGGGUAAUGCGUCUGCUCCCUGGCUCCUGGUUGGGGACACUGCUCUGGCUGAGAGCCAUGAGGUGGAGCCAAGUGGAGGUGGCAGGGGCCAGAGGCUGCUUCCCCCAGGAAGGGGGUUAGAUGCCCCGUUCUUCCUUCCAGAGGCUAAAGUAGGGCAGGAGUGUCUCCUGAAGGGGUUGAGAAAUUCCGGGCAAGUGAUGGUGAUUUCCUCAGUGGGCCACAUUGGCAGCGCACAGGGAACGCUUUCAGUUCUGCUGGCACUAGAGGGCCUGGGGUGGUUGGUGCCCUCCUGACCUCUGGAACUGGGUUAGAUUUAUAAGCUGCCCUCCAUGUAGAUGCCACAUGGAAGGCAUGCUCGCUCCGCCUGUGGUGGCUCUGGAGUGUGACUUAUCUGUGCCUAUGGACUGUGUCCUGUGGGGCUGGAAUGCAUAAUCCCUGAGUCAGAGUCAGGCAGCCUUGCAGGUGGGAGCACAGACCCUGGCGAGAGGCUUCCUAGCUAUUCCCAGGCCUCAUUUCUCUCCAGCAUGCAGAACAAUUCUGGCUAAAAUUCAGCCAGUCAUGGCCCCUCCCUGUGAGCUUCCACUUCUUGUUGAUUAUUUUGAGCAUUGUUUAGGGUUACUCUUUUGGGAGGAGAGGGAAGAGUAAUCUUCCAACUUAAAAAACAAACUGACACUCUCCAGCCAUGUGAACUUGCCUUAUUUGAAACUCUGUGUUUAGUGGAUUGAAUUAUGUCCCCCCAAAACUCACUGAAACUUGAAUUGUGUCCCCCAAGUUUUAUGUGAAACUUAGCCCCCACUGUGACAGUUAAGAGGGUGGGAAAUCCUAUUAUAGUAAUUGAAAGGUGGAGCCUUGAAGAGGUAAUUGGAUCAUAGGACCAUGCCGUAGUGAAUGGAUUAAAAAUGGUGUUCAGCGGCAUGGUUCUGAGGGCUUUAAAAGAAGAGGAGAGUCUGUCUUUCUCUCUUGCUCUCUCUGCUUCCACCAUCUUGCAAUGAAAGGCCCCUGGGUCACUGUCGCCACCACCAAAACCCUCACCAGUUGUGUUACCUGGACUUUGGACCAUUCCCAGCCUAAGAAACUGUAAGCAAUAAAUGUCGUUUUUCUUUGUAAAUCACCCAGUUACAGGUAUUCUGUUAUAGCAACAGAAACGGACUAAUACAGAAAAUUGGUACCAGUGAGUUGGGGUAUUGCUUAUAACAGAUACUUGAAAAUGUGGAAACGGCUUUGGAACUGGGUGUUGAGAGGUUGGAGGAGUUCAGAGGACUUAAAAAGAAGAUAAAACGACGAGGGAAAGUUUGGAAUGCCUUAGAGACUGGUUACAUGGUGGCGAGCAGAAUGCUGAUAGAAAUAUGGACUGUAAAGACCAUUCUAAGGUGGUCUCUGAUGUAAAUGAGAAGGGACUUAUUGGAAACUGGGGCAAAGAUCACCUUUGCUGUGAACUGGCGAGGAAUUUGGCUGCAUUCAGUCCAUGCCCUAGGACUUUGUGGAAGUUGGAACUUAUGAGUUGUGAACUAGAGCAUCUGGCAGAAGAAAUUUCUAAGCAGCAAAGCAUUAUAGAAGAUGAAUGACUACUUGUAACAGCCUAUGCUGAGUUAUGGCAGCAAAGGCACAAUGUAAAGCCAGAAUUUAAAAGGGAAGCAGAGUGUAAAGAUUUGGAAAAUUUGCAGCCUGGCCAUGUGGUAGAGAAGCAGAGAGCAUGCAAUGUUGCAGCCCAGCAACCAUUAGCUAAGAAGAUUAGUACAAAGUAAAGAAUUAUCAAGAGAAGAAGAAAAAGGCCCUGAAGGCAUUGCAGAAGCCUCUGGGGCCAACCCUUCCAUUUCAGGCCCAAAGACCUAAGGAGACAGAAUGGUCUUGGGGAACAGGCUUGAAGAGCCCUCCAUGGGGUCACUGCCCAGAGCCAUCUUGGGAAGUGGCUUCCAGCACCAGCAUCCCAGCUGCUUUGGCUGCUCCAGCUAUGGGAAAAUUGACCCCAGGUGUGGCCGGACAUGCAGCUUUGGAAAAUACAAGCUAGAAGGCUUGGCAGAAUCCACAUGGUGUUAGGUCUGCAGGCUUGCAGAAUGCUAGAGCUGUGGAGGCUUGGGCACCUCCACGCCAAUUUCAGAGGAUGUAUAGAAAAGUCUGGGGGCGUAGGAAGAGAUCUGUUGCAGGGACUGUGUCACUGCAGACAGCCUUCACUAGAGCAAUGCCGAGCAGAAAUGUGGGGUCAGAGUUGCAGCAGAGAAACCCCAACAGCACCACCUCUAGUGGAGUUGUGAGAGCAGGACCACCAUGGAGACCCCACACCUGUGGAGCUACCAGAGUGGAACACCAGCCUGGGAAUGCUAAAGUGUGGCCUAAGACCAGGAAAGCCAUAGGAGCGGAGCUACCCAAGGACUUGGGGACCCAAACCCCACACCAGAGGAGUGGAGAAGAGGUCGAACAUGGAAUCGAGUGCUGCACCAGGGAACCGAACAGGUGUUUGCUGGUGUGAUGCUGCCCCACAUGAUGCGGCCCUUCCGGCGCCUGGUCUGCGCCUUGGCCUCCUGCCGGCCAGUGCCCAUGAGACACAGAGGAGGCAGCCUGCUGCACACAGCCCCAGUGGCCUGCUCGGACAGGACUGCCCCGGUGUUCACCCGAGCCCUGGCCUUUGGGGACAGAGUUGCCCUCAUUGACCAGCACGGCCACCACACAUAUAAGGACCUUUAUAAUCGCGGCCUUCGCCUGUCUCAGGAGAUCUGCAGGCUCCGAGGGUGUGUCAGUGGGGACCUCGGGGAGGAGAGGAUUUCCUUUCUAUGCUCCAACGAUGUCUCCUACGUCAUUGCCCAGUGGGCCUCGUGGAUGAGUGGUGGCAUCGCAGUCCCCCUCUACAGGAAACACCCUGAAGUCCAGCUGGAGUAUUUCAUCCGGGACUCCCAGAGCUCUGUGGUCAUUGCUGGCCAGGAGUAUGUGGAGCUCCUGAGUCCAGUUGUCAGGAAGCUGGGGGUCCCGCUUCUGCCUCUCACACCCGCUGUCUAUGAUGGGGCUGCAGAGGAGGAGGAGGGGCCGGUGCAGGAGCUGCAGGAGCGGGAAUGGAGAGAUCGGGGUGCCAUGAUCAUCUACACGAGUGGGACCACAGGACAGCCCAAGGGCGUGCUAAGCACCCACCACAACAUCAGGGCCAUGGUGACCGGGCUGGUCCACAAGUGGGCGUGGACGAAAGACGAUGUGAUCCUCCAUGUCCUCCCACUGCACCAUGUACACGGUGUGGUCAACAAGCUGCUCUGCCCACUCUGGGUGGGAGCCACCUGUGUGAUGGCGCCCGAGUUCAGUGCUCAGCUGGUUUGGGAAAAGUUCUUAAGCUCUGAAACUCCACGGAUUAAUGUAUUUAUGGCAGUGCCUACAAUAUAUACCAAACUGAUCGAUUACUACGACAGACAUUUUACUCAGCCUCAUGUCCAGGAUUUCAUACGUGCAGUUUGUGAAGAAAAAAUCAGGCUCAUGGUCUCUGGCUCGUCGGCGCUGCCCCUACCCGUGCUGGAGAAGUGGAGGAGCAUCACAGGCCACACUCUGCUGGAGAGGUACGGCAUGACAGAGGUCGGCAUGGCCCUGUCCAGCCCCCUGGCCACGGCGCGCCUGCCAGGUUCUGUGGGGACCCCACUGCCGGGAGUGGAGGUGCGCAUUGUCUCAGAAAACCCACAGAAAGAUGGCCGCCCCUACGCCAUCCACGCCGAGGGAAAUGAGAGGGAGACCAAGGUGACCCCAGGGUUCGAAGAGAAGGAGGGGGAGCUGCUGGUCAGGGGAUCCUCUGUGUUUCGAGAAUAUUGGGAUAAACCAGAAGAAACUAAAAACGCUUUCACUUUGGAUGGCUGGUUUAAAACAGACUUUGUGCCUUUGAAAAGAAUGUUACUGUUGAUUUUGUUUCAAGAGCAAGAGAACCUGGAUGUGUGUCGUCCACCUCUGUCCCCGUGGUUUUCAGACAUGAAGUUUACACUCCUGUGAAGUUGUCUCCGUCCCGCUUUCAUUUCCUGCCCCUUCUAGUGUCUCCUUUGGCAUUUUUCUCACCAGGAAUGGUUCUCAGAUGUGUCUCCACUGCAGGCACCCACCUCUUUCUUGAUCCUAUGGGACAGUUACCACCACUGCCCAUUCUGGAUGGGUGACCCUCCCCUGAGCCCCCUGCCUGUGGAGAGGCGCCCGGCUUCAGCCCCCCCGUCUGUAAGAUGGCUUGGGGGUCUCAGGGCCAAUGGUCUUGUGUUCCCUGAGAGUUUCCUCAAGGACCAGGAGCCCUAGUUUAAGACACAUUCUAUUGCCACUUUAAGAUCCAUUUGGGAGAAAAAGUGCUGGACGGGCCAGGUCUGGGUCUCCCCCACCUGGUUUCCUGACUCACCUCCCCCAACUUUGCAGAACCUGGAUGGGUUUGCAGGGGCGUCUACAGUUGCUCCAGAUCAACAGCUCAGGACCCUCCUGGCCAGGAGUGCUUGGCCUGAGGACCGUGGACGGGCAGGGGCAAGACCUCCCUCAGGGAGGCUGCCUGUCACCUCCGUCCACCCAUACAUCCAGAAUGCUAGAAUCUGAGUAUCAGGGAGAUUUAUUUUCAAUUACAGUUAAGGGCAGAGACCUGAGAUAGCAGAGGAUUUGAAAGCAGUGCCUAGAUCCACAUGCUCAGGUUUUAUUGAUUGCAACAUUGUAUCUGUCAGAACAAAACUCCCUUAAUGUGGCAUCCAGUGGAGGAGAUACAUAGCUCCCUGGCAAGAGGCUCUGACUGCAGAAUCGAUGUAUUUUGAUAAAUACGUCGUUAUAAAGAGUAAAAGUUACGUCGUUAUAAAGAGUAAGAGUUACUUAACUCGUUUGUGCAUCUCAAGAUGAUAACUUGUGUCUCUUGAGCUCCCUCCUGGAUAGCACUAGAGCCCAGGCCAUGUUGUUGGCAGGCCUCCUCCCUGACACGUGCAGCCCGUUGCCACUCUGGGGACACCGUGUAAAGCUUGGCCUCGAUAUCUCUGGGCCCUCGAGGAUGGGGAUGGAGCCUGGAAAGAUGGAACUACCCACUGUCCCUGUCAGCAGGGAUGUAGUGAGAGGCACCGUCUGUGCCAGGUACCGGGCAGGUGC